UUUGACGUGCGAAUAGGUUGUCUAUGAAAUGUGCCGACUUCUUGCUUGACAGUGUUGUUUGAUAAUAUUGUUCAUCAGUUUCACCUUUGCGAACGUUCUUUAUAAUUUCUCAAUCGACAAUAAUCCGAAACAGAUCUGGCAAAUAUAAUCUGAAAGCGCAAGGCGAACCAGCUGGGCGAACUGCCGGCGCCACACGGGUCGCGGCACCUUCUGUUGUUUUUCUUGUCUGCUUGUUUUCAUUGGUCAACCCUUCCCUCAAGAGAACACAUUUGUUGGUGUCUUGUUUCAAUCAUUUCCUAGGUCCUUCGUUCGAAAACUGUGUAUCCGAUGGCUUACAUGAAUUAAAAAAUCCUUGCAACACAGGGCGUAGUGCGAUCAUCAUUUCGUUGAAACAUCCAACUUUAAACUGAAGUUCGAUCGUGUAUCUGUACUUAGGAGAGUGAUUUUUUCGGAGUUUUGAAUAAAAGCUCUGAAUAGAGGAGGGAAGUCAAAGAUUUUCCUUCCACCUUCAGCCAUGGAUACUCCUCAGUUUAUUGUAAAUGACAACCCUGUGAAGCUUCAUCAUUUGUGUCGCAUGUGUGCUACACCUUGCACUAAGUCAGUUCCCAUAUUUGGUCCUGUAGGGACAGAAAAUGAACUGGCCAUCAAGUUCAACAACUAUUUGCCACUCAAGGUUUCGGAGAGUGAUUCCAUCCCCCUUCAACUAUGUUAUGAGUGUACCAACUUGCUGAUGCAGUGGGAUGCUGCUAUCCUAGUGGCUGUUGCUGCAGAUAAGAAGCUACGAGCACUUCUAUGGCGAGAACGGCAAUCACAAGAAGUUAGCAUGAAGGAAAAGGAAGAAACUCAACAACCUGUCCAACUAAGGAAGCGCAAGAGAUCCUCAGCACGAGUUCAAGAAUCUCUGUGUUGUUCAGUCUGCAACAAAAGUGGGAUGGAUUUUAGGGAGCUAGUGGAACAUUUGAAGACUCAUGAAGACCGUGGAAAAGAGUCAUCUUCACCUCAGAAUUCAUCUUCAGUUCAAGUAACUGAUAGAGGUGAUUCUGACUGUUCAAUUGAUGAUCUAUUGACUCCUGUUGUUUGCUUGGAGACGCUUGACUCAGAAAGGCAGCUUCGCUCAAACAAAAGUAAUAGUGGAAGUCCACAAGAAAAGACCGAUAGUUCAAAUAAUAAUAAGAAGAAAGCAAAAAGAGGGAGACCUAAGAGGGUCACCAGAAGUUAUCAGAAUUUUCUUACUGAAGUAGUUGAAGGUGAUGUGAAUGACUUACUUGUCACAUCAUCCACCCCUCACAACAAAACUCCAGAGACUUCGGAAGGUGACAAUACACAUUCAUCACCUGCCAAUAACCUUGCCAAGGCAUCAUCUGAUACAGCAGCAUCUACUGGGUGCAACACUAAAAAAGAAGUGGCGUCUGACAGCCACAAUAAUACAUUUAAACCUAAAGUGCGUAUCAUUUCUGCAGAAAGCAUUAAUCAGACUUUAGAAGAGAGAGCAAAAGCCAACCAAACUGCGAGAAGUUUAGAAUCUUAUCAACCUGAUGUUCUAAUUACUGGUAGUUCCCCACCAAGUGGUAGUCUCUCACCAACGAAGCCUGCAGUGAGGAGACUUGUUUUAUCAGGACAAGUUGUGAAAGGUAUUAAUCUUGAUGCCGCAAAGUCUGGACAAAAGUUUCUGAAGCUGUCGGAUGGAAGAAUCAUCAAGAUAAUUCAGAACCCUAACUCUUCAGCAACCCUAGCACCUUCAGGGCAGAGAGUCCAAGUCCUUAGUAGUAAAGUAAUAGGGUCUGACAAUGAUAAGCCUGCAUCUCAAUUAAGACCUAUCUCUCCUGAUGCUCUUGAAUACGUUGGAAGUCAAGCCCAGUUGCAGCCUGAUGAUCCACCUCGAUCCCUUGUAGUCAGGCAAAUGAGAAGAGUUGGUAACAGGACUUUUUACUUCAGCUGUCAACCUGGACCCAGACAUUGUCCAAACCGUUAUGUAUGUGAAUUCUGCUGCAAGAGAAAUUUAACUCCAGAAUCUCUGCAAGAACACAGUGAGCUUCAUGUGUCUUCAUCUGAUAAUUUACUAUCAAAUUAAUGUGGAAACUGUAAGUGUUUCAUGUUUGUCAAGGCUAAAUUUUGCCUAUAUUGUUUACUUACUUAAUCAUUUAACUUCCUUCAAUGAUUUUGUGUUCUAGAGAAAUACUGUAUAGUAAUAAGUUGUGAUAAAAUUAGUGACUGUCUCUUUAUUUCAGUUCACAUUUCUGUAACAGUUUUUAAAAUCUACAUUUUAUAAAUAAAUUGAUAGGCAGUUAUACAGCAAUGUUGGCAUGAGGCUUAUGUAUAAGUAUCUUCCAGGACACUUCCUUUCUCAGACAAAGCUUUAACAAUUAACAUAAAGCCAGUGCCCAAACUGACAAAUGUAGUGAGAUACAGUAGUUACUAUCUAAAUUUUGGUAAUGACGUAACACUACGGUAUUACCUCCUUCAAGAUGAUUAAAAAGAACUGUUUUGAAGGUGAUGAUAGGAAAUAACAGCCUUGAAGAAACCUAAACAUUAAGGUGGAAUGAAAAAAAGUAACUAAGUUAUCACAGUCUAGGACAUCAGCAUGAAAGCAAGAUUAUGGCACCGAAAGACUAGGAGCAUCAACUUUUCCUUUAAACAACAAUGGCUAGACAGAUCUGCAGGUUGGCAGUUGGGUCAUUAAGUAUUAGAAAUAAGAAAUGAGCAACCUUGUUCUCUUGAUAGAAAAGCUGAAAAUAAAGAACUUUUCGUCAA